AUGUCUGGGCCACGUAUCGCUGUUCUAGGAACAUGUGACACAAAACUAGCGGAAAUGUUGUUCCUACGAGAUCAAAUCAUCAGGACAAAAGAAGUCGAAGUGCUUUUACUCGAUGUCGGCCGAAACCCCGUCCAGAAUAGCCACAUUGACGUCCCAAGUUUCGAACUUGCGCUUCGCAAAUCUGCCGAUGGCCCAUCCGCUUUGACUCAGAUGUCUCGAGCAGAGUACAUCAAGUACAUGAUUGAAUGUGCAACGUCCUAUGUGACAGAAUUGUUUCAAUUGGGAGAAAUCCAUGGUAUCAUCUCAGCCGCCGGCUCUAGUGGUACAUCACUCGUAACAGCGGUGAUGCGCAAUGCACUACCAGUCGGAUUCCCGAAAUUCAUGGUUUCCACAAUGGCCAGUGGAGAUGUAUCGCAUCUCGUCGAAGAGACGGAUAUCACUCUGAUGUACAGCGUUGUGGAUAUUGCGGGGACAAAUUUUAUCCUCAAUCAAAUACUUACAAAUGCUGCAGCUGCGAUUACAGGCGCUGCGACAGCGUAUUAUCGAAGUCGGAAUGAAGGCGCAUCAGGGAAUGCAGGCGCAAAGCAGCGAAGGCAGAGGGUAGCUAUCACUAUGUUUGGAGUCACUACCCCGUGUGUGGACGCUAUUAGGAAGCAUCUAGAGUCGAAAUAUGGCUACGAGGUAUACGUCUUUCAUGCCACUGGUGCCGGCGGCAAAGCUAUGGAGCGAUUAAUUCGAGAAGGCCAGAUAGACGCCGUGCUCGAUAUGACAACUACCGAGAUUGCUGAUGAAUUGAUUGGAGGCGUUCUAUCUGCUGGACCGCAGCGACUGACGGCAGCUGCGCAGGCCGGAAUCCCACAGAUUGUAAGCGUGGGAGCCUGCGACAUGGUCAACUUUGGACCUAGAGAUACUGUGCCUGCUGAAUUCGCGUCUUCGGAGAACAAGCGUUUAUUAUAUGAGCAUAACCCAGCAGUCACGUUGAUGCGAACAACUGCGCAAGAAUGUACUCGUAUCGCCGAGUUCAUCGCAUCCAAAUUACGAGACCAUGCCGUCCGAUCGGAUCUGGUCAAGGUGCUUCUACCCACCAGCGGGAUCAGUAUGAUUUCCACUCCAUCGCAACCAUUCUAUAUGCCGGAUUCAGAUGCGGCUUUGUUUGACACGAUGGAGCGUCAACUAGAGGGAAGCGGUGUUGAAGUGAGACGCGACGACCGAGAAAUCAAUGACAAGGGUUUCGCUCUAUCAGCGGCAGAGUUAUUGGUAGAAGUCAUACACAAGAAAGAGACAGAAGAGAGAAGUGAAGCUAAAACAGAGUCGUGA